UUACCUUGCAGAGCAGUGGUAGAGGCCGUUCAUCGGUUGGAUCUCAUCCUUAGUAACAAGGCAGCGUAUCAAGAAGUGUUCAAGCCGGAGAACAUCAGCUUGCGGAACAAGCUGCGGGAGCUGUGUGUAAAGCUGAUGUUCUUGCAUCCAGUGGAUUAUGGAAGAAAAGCAGAAGAACUGCUCUGGAGAAAAGUUUACUAUGAAGUUAUCCAGCUCAUUAAAACAAAUAAAAAGCACAUUCACAGCCGGAGCACUCUGGAGUGUGCGUACCGGACUCACUUAGUUGCUGGCAUAGGAUUUUACCAGCACCUUCUCCUCUACAUCCAGUCUCACUAUCAGCUGGAGCUGCAGUGCUGCAUUGACUGGACGCACGUAACAGACCCUCUAAUAGGCUGCAAGAAACCUGUGUCUGCAUCGGAGAAGGAGAUGGAGUGGGCACAGAUGGCAUGUCACAGAUGCCUGGUUUAUCUGGGAGAUCUAGCUCGCUAUCAGAACGAACUGGCAGGUGUGGACACAGAGCUGCUGGCUGAGCGGUUUUACUAUCAAGCUCUUUCUGUUGCACCACAAAUUGGCAUGCCCUUUAACCAGCUGGGGACAUUGGCAGGAAGUAAAUACUACAAUGUGGAAGCUACCUAUUGCUACUUACGCUGUAUCCAGUCUGAAGUGUCCUUUGAAGGUGCCUAUGGGAACCUGAAGCGGCUUUACGACAAAGCAGCCAAAAUGUAUCACCAAUUGAAGAAAUGUGAAACCAGAAGGUUGUCUCCAAGCAAGAAGCGAGGCAAAGACAUUAAGAGGUUGCUGGUGAGCUUUAUGUACCUGCAGAGUCUCUUGCAGCCAAAGAGCAGCUCUCUGGAUUCUGAGCUGACGUCUCUCUGCCAGUCUGUGCUGGAGGAUUUCAACCUGUGCUUGUUCUACCUGCCUUCUCCUCCUAAUCUGAGCUCAACUAGUGAAGACGAAGAAGAGUAUGAGAGUGGCUACUCCUUCCUUCCUGAUCUCCUGAUCUUUCGCAUGGUGAUCAUCUGCCUUAUGAGCGUUCACAGCCUCAAGAGGGCAGGUUCAAAGCAGUACAGCGCAGCCAUCGCUUUCACGCUGGCCCUGUUCUCUCAUCUGAUAAAUCACGUCAAUAUUCGCCUGCAGGCAGAGCUGGAAGAAGGGGAAAAUCCAGUCCCAGCCUUUCAGAGUGAUGGCACAGAUGACCAGGAGCCGCGGGAGCCGCUGAACUCGAUUGAGAAGGAAGCUGAAGCUGAUGUGGCCAAUCACCAGCCCAGUGAGGAGCAACGGAAGAAUGACUGCAAGAAAAGCAAGAAAUAUUCCCGCCUCUCCUGUCUGCGUCGCCGGCGCCACCCCCAGAAGAUGGAUGAGAGUGACCUGAGCGAGGGCUUUGACUCGGACUCCAGCCAGGGCUCCACAAAGGGCAGUGAUGGCUCAGAAAGUGGCUCAGAGAAGAGUGACGUGGAGGCAGAAGCUGCUUUUGAUGUGGAGACGGACUCUGACAUGAACAGCCAAGAAUCUCGGUCUGACCUGGAGGACAUGGAGGAUGAGCCGGAUGAGGAGGGAAGUGGCCGAGGCAAAAGUGAGCCCAAAGAGGCCUUAAAAAACUGUGUGGAUGGCAGUGGGCUGGGGGACUCCAAGAGCCCAAGCAUCUCUAAAAGUGAGGCUUCAGAUCCAGCAGUCAAUGGGCCAGCUUCCCUGAGCACUAACGACGCGAGCAUAGCCAGUAAUCUCCAAGCCAUGUCCACUCAGCUGUUUCAGACCAAACGCUGCUUUCGCUUGGCUCCCACUUUCAGCAACAUCCUUCUGAAACCAAACAGUGAACCACCCGUCUUGAAGGAUGGAAUAGAAAGCAAGCCAUGUGUCAAUGGAGAUCUGGAGAAGCCCAGCUUGGCAGAGCAAGAUGAUGUGUCUGACUCUGAGGAGAGCAUUUCAAGUAACAAAUCCUGCAGGAAUGAGCGAACCCUUCAGGAGAAGCUAGAGAUUGUGACCAACGAAGGGCUGCUUCUCACUGUCAAGGUGUUUCUGGACUGGCUGAGGACAAACACAGACCUCAUCAUCAUGUGUGCUCAGAGCUCUCAGAGCCUGUGGAACAGGCUGUCUGUGCUCCUGAACCUUCUGCCUUCUGCUGCGGACCUGCAGGAAUCAGGGCUGGCCCUAUGUAACGAAGUCAAGGACGUUCUGAGUGGCGCUGAGCUCCCAGACCUGAAAGCCAACUUGCUCCUCCCAGAAGAUGUGGCCCUGCGAAAUCUUCCCCCUCUGAAAAAUGCACACAAGAGGUUUAACUUCGAGCAGGACCGGCCCAUUUUCUCAGCAGUUGAGGAGUCGGUUGUUCGGAUUUGCUGCAUUCGGAGCUUCGGCCACUUCAUUGCCCACUUGCAAGGCAGCAUCCUGCAGUUCAACUCGGAGCUUGGGAUCUUCAUCAGCAUAGCACAGUCAGAGCAAGACGACCUGCUGCACCAGGCCCAAGCCCAGUUCCACAUGGCUGCAGAGGAAGCUCGUCGGAACAGGCUAAUGAGAGAUAUGGCUCAGCUUCGACUGCAGCUGGAGGUUUCUCAGCUGGAGGGCAGUCUCCAGCAGCCCAAAGCGCAGUCAGCCAUGUCUCCUUACCUUGUCCCGGACACCCAGGCCCUCUGCCAGCACCUGGCUGUUGUCAAGCAGCUGGCCACCAGCGGGAGGUUCAUAAUCAUCAUCCCUCGAACAGUGAUCGAUGGCUUAGACUUCCUGAAAAAGGAGAACGCAGGUGCUCGGGACAGCAUCCGGUAUCUGGAGGCAGAAUUUAAAAAGGGAAACAGGUAUAUUCGUUGCCAGAAAGAUGUUGGGAAGAGCUUUGAGAGGCAUAAAUUGAAGAGACAAGAUUUAGAUGCCUGGAAUCUCUAUAAAAUCCUGGACAGCUGCAAACAACUGACAGUGUCCCAAGGAAGCGGAGAGGACGACACCACAGGAAUGGUCACCAUCAUCACAGGCUUUCAGCUGGAGGACCCGAGCACGUUCUCAGCGCCCAUGCAGUCUGCCAUCCAGGCAGCCGCCAAUGCCAGCGUCGAAAUAAAAAACGUUCUGGAGUUCUACAAGCAGUGGAAAGAGAUGGGCUGA